CGCAUUCACACACAGAGCCGAGCCGAGCCGAGCCGUGCCGAAGCAGGUUGAGUGUGAACGAGCAGGCGGGCCGUCGCUGUCUAUCUCUCUCCUCUGGAUUAUCCGCCCUGUUGUCGUCGCUACCGGUACCAGUAGCCCCGGAGCCGUUUUGCGAUUGAUCUCUGCCGUACCGGCUGGUCUCGAGCAGCCUUCAUGAGAGGAGAACGCAACACGAGACACUUUGGAUUCACGAGCUAACUGGACCUCCAACCCCCCACACACCCUCCCUCCUGUCUGCUUCCAGUCAUGACCUGUUGAGCCCUCCUUCCUUUCCCGUCUGGUCCAUCUCCCACCAUGCUUCCCUCUCCUUUCCCCAUCCUCUUGCUCCUCCUGCUCUCCUGGCCACGCCUCCUCCUCUGUGCUCCGGCAGCACCGCCUGCCCCCCUGGUGGCGGCAGGUGGCCGAGCGGCGUACCGGGUGUUUGACACCUCCCUCACCCACCUGACCGUCCACAAGAGGACAGGCGAGGUUUUUGUCGGAGCCGUCAACCGAGUCCUCAAGCUGUCGGCCAAUCUGACCGAGAUGAGGAGUCACAUGACUGGACCGGUGGAGGACAACGCCAAGUGUUACCCCCCACCUAGCGUCAGGGCCUGUGCUCACCGCCUGGACUCUUUGGACAACGUAAACAAGCUUCUGCUGGUGGACUACACUGGUAACAGGCUGGUGGCAUGUGGAUCCAUCUGGCAGGGAGUGUGUCAGUUCCUCCGACUGGAGGACCUCUUCAAACUGGGGGAGCCUCACCACCGCAAGGAACACUACUUGUCUGGUGCCAGGGAGGCUGAUGGCAUGGCAGGUGUGGUUGUCGGUGAGGACGACUGGACCAAUGACCCUAAGAGAAAGAAAACGGCGAAGGGUGGCAGUCGCCUCUUUAUCGGCGCCGCCAUCGACGGAAAAUCGGAGUACUUCCCCACGCUGUCCAGCAGGAAGCUGGUGGCCGAUGAGGAGAGCGUUAACAUGUUCUCGCUGGUCUACCAGGACGAGUUUGUGUCAUCACAGAUCAAGAUCCCUUCGGACACGCUGUCCCUCUACCCGGCCUUCGACAUCUACUAUGUCUACGGCUUCUCCAGCCGCACUUACGUCUACUUCUUGACGCUGCAGCUGGACACACAGCUGACACAGAUGGAUGCCGGCGGGGAGAAAUUUUUCACCUCCAAGAUCGUUAGGAUGUGCUCCAAUGACACAGAGUUCUACUCCUACGUGGAAUUUCCUCUAGGAUGCACCAAGGACGGUGUGGAGUACCGACUGGUCCAGGCCGCCUACAAACAGAAACCGGGACGUCGCUUGGCUCAGGCACUUGGCCUGUCGGAGGAUGACGAUGUUCUGUUUGUCAUCUUCUCUCAGGGUCAGAAGAACCGCUCGAACCCCCCCAGAGAGACGCUCCUGUGUCUGUUCACGCUGCACGACAUCAACUUGGCCAUGAGAGAGCGGAUACGCUCCUGCUACCGUGGGGAAGGCCGCCUCUCCUUGCCGUGGUUACUCAACAAGGAGCUGCCCUGCAUCCAUACACCGAAGCAGAUUGGAGACGACUUCUGCGGUUUGGUAUUGAAUCAGCCACUGGGGGGUCUGCGGGUCAUCGAAGGAAGUCCGUUGUUUGAGGACCGCACGGAGGGUAUGGGCGCCGUGGCGGCGUACACAUACGGCGAGCACACGGUGGUUUUUGUGGGGACACGCAGCGGCCAGCUGAAGAAGAUCCGCGUAGAUGGACUUCCGCCGCCGUCCCACAAUGCUUUGCUGUACGAGAGUGUAACGGUGGUGGAAGGAAAGCCCAUCCUGAGAGACAUGAUGUUCAGUCCGGACCACCUCUACAUCUACCUACUCAGUGACAGACAGGUGACCAGACUUCCUGUGGAGACAUGCGAGCAGUAUCACUCUUGUUCGGGCUGUUUAUCUUCAGGAGACCCUCACUGUGGAUGGUGUGUCCUCUACAACAAAUGUUCCAGAAUGGAGGCAUGUGAGAAAUGGCAAGAGCCUCUGCACUUCAACACUAAGCUGGACCAGUGUGUCAACAUCUCCGUUACCCCCGGCAACAUGUCCGUCACCGCCCCUGCAACACAGCUCAGUGUACGAGUCCACCACGUUCCCGCGUUGUCGGGGGGUGUGUCCUGCGUCUUUGAGGAUAUCAGUGAAACCUCGGCGGAAGUGGGGGCCGACGGUCAGGUCACCUGCAUGUCACCCACGCUCAGAGACCUGCCGCCACACUCCUACGGAGAGAAACGAGAUGUCCAACUCAGUCUUCGAUCCAGCGAGACCAUGCGCACCUUCAUCAGCACCAACUUCACCUUCUACAACUGCUCCGUGCUCAACUCGUGCACUUCCUGUGUGGGCAGCAUGUUUCCGUGUCACUGGUGCAAAUAUCGUCACAUGUGCACCAACAAUCUGGAGGACUGCUCCUUCCUGGAGGGACGGGUCAGCACGGCCCAGGGCUGUCCUCAGAUCCUGCCCACAUCGGACAUUCUGGUGCCAGCCGGUCUCGUUCGUCCAAUCACGUUGCGGGCACGCAACCUGCCGCAGCCUCAGUCGGGCCAGAAGAACUACGAGUGCGUGUUCCAUAUCCAAGGGAAAGUCCAGCGCAUCCCGGCGGUGCGCUUCAACUCGUCCUGCAUCCAAUGUCAGAACACUUCGUACUGGUACGAGGGAACCGAAUCAGCUGACCUUCCGGUGGACUUCAACAUUGUCUGGGAUGGAGACUUCUUCAUUGACAAGCCGGUGUCCAUGAAAGCGUUGCUGUACAAGUGCGAGGCUCAACGCUCCAGCUGCGGGCAGUGCCUGAAAGCGCCGACCGCCUUCCAAUGCGGCUGGUGCGCCGAAAGCAGGAAGUGCGUGCUGCGUCAGCAUUGUGCGGCGCCGGAACAUAGCUGGAUGCACCACGGACGCCACAACUUGCGCUGCAGCCACCCGCGCAUCAUCAAGAUCGCUCCUCUGACAGGACCUCGCGAGGGAGGGACUCGAGUGACUAUCGAGGGGGAAAACCUGGGCCUUCAGGUGAAGGAGAUCACGCAUGUGCAGGUGGCCGGCGUUCGCUGCAACCCCGUCCCCUCGCUGUACAUCAGCGCAGAGAGGGUGGUGUGUGACAUGGCCGAGGCGCUGCUGCCUCACUCUCCCGGCGGUGCAGUGGAGUUGUGUAUCGGCGUGUGCAGCGCUGAGUAUCGCACCAUGUCCACGCAAGCGUAUGCCUUCGUGAGUCCCAGUUUGAGCAACGUUCGUCCAGAGAGAGGUCCAGUUUCCGGGGGAACCAGACUGACAGUGGCAGGUCGAAACUUAGACGCCGGCAGCAGUGUGUCGGUCUUUAUCGACAAAGACGAGUGUCUGUUUGUCAAACGCAUCAAUCGGGAGGUGGUCUGCAUCACUCCCGCCUCGCCAUCCGGAGUUGGCCCCGCCCUUAUCCGACUGAUGAUCGACAAGGCGGAAGUGACCAGCUCCGAGAUCAAAUACACGUACAUGGAGGACCCAACCAUCACUGCCGUAGAACCCAACUGGUCCAUUCUCAAUGGUAGCACAGUGAUCACAGUAACAGGAACCAACCUGCUCACCAUCCAGGAGCCCAAAGUCAGAGCCAAAUAUGGCGGAGUUGAGACCAACAACUUCUGCACGGCGGUCAACGACAGCGUCAUGACGUGUUUGGCGCCUGGACUGGUGUACGGCAUGCCCAACCCGCCAGAGGGGGCGCUGCAUGCCGAUGAGUUUGGCUUCAUCUUGGAUCAGGUGUCAUCCGUACUGGUGCUUAACUCCACCUUCACGCACUACCCCAACCCGGCUUUCGACGCCCUGGGGAUCUCAGGUAUCCUGGAGGUCAAGCCAGGGUCCCCCAUCAUCCUCAAGGGCAAGAACCUGGUCCCGGCCGCCCCCGGCAACAACCGUCUCAACUACACCGUUCUGAUUGGCGAGUCUCCAUGCUUGCUGACGGUCUCCGAACAUCAGCUGCUUUGUGAUUCGCCCGAGUUGACUGGAGAGCAACGUGUGCUGAUCCUGGUCGGAGGUUUGGAGUUCUCCCCGGGAACACUCCACAUUUAUUCGGACAGCGCCCUCACGCUGCCCGCCAUCAUUGGCAUCGGCGCGGGCGGUGGCGUGCUGCUGAUAGCCAUCAUCGCCGUGCUGAUCGCCUACAAGCGAAAGACGCGGGACGCUGACCGCACACUAAAGCGUCUUCAACUCCAAAUGGACAACCUGGAGAGCAGGGUGGCUCUUGAGUGCAAAGAAGCCUUUGCUGAGCUGCAGACCGAUAUUCAGGAACUGACUAACGACAUGGACGGAGUGAAGAUUCCCUUCUUGGAAUAUCGCACUUACACCAUGAGAGUCAUGUUCCCAGGAAUAGAAGAGCAUCCAGUUCUCAAGGAGCUGGACUCGCCGGCCAACGUGGAAAAAGCCCUCCGACUCUUCAGUCAGCUUCUCAACAACAAAAUGUUCCUGUUGACCUUCAUACACACGCUGGAGGCUCAGAGGUCGUUCUCCAUGCGGGACCGCGGGAACGUGGCCUCACUGCUGAUGGCCACGCUACAGGGUCGCAUGGAGUACGCCACGGUGGUGCUCAAACAGCUGUUGGCAGACCUUAUCGAGAAAAACCUGGAGAACCGUAACCACCCCAAACUGUUGCUGAGGAGGACAGAGUCUGUGGCUGAGAAGAUGCUGACCAACUGGUUCACCUUUCUCCUGUAUCGCUUCCUCAAGGAGUGUGCUGGCGAGCCUCUGUUUAUGCUGUACUGUGCCAUCAAGCAGCAGAUGGAGAAAGGGCCCAUCGACGCCAUUACGGGCGAAGCGCGUUAUUCCCUCAGUGAAGACAAACUCAUCAGGCAGCAGAUUGACUACAAGCAGCUGACAUUAAUGUGCAUUCCUCCGGAGGGUGAGGCGGGCACGGAGGUGCCGGUCAAAGUGUUGAACUGCGAUACAGUAACGCAGGUCAAAGACAAGUUGCUAGAUGCUGUCUACAAGGGGAUCCCCUUCUCGCAGCGACCACAGGCCGACGAUAUGGACCUCGAGUGGCGUCAAGGUCGGUUGACCAGGAUAAUCCUACAGGACGAAGACGUGACCACAAAGAUUGAAAGCGACUGGAAGCGACUCAACACACUUGCUCACUAUCAGGUAACAGACAGCUCCCUGGUGGCGCUGGUCCAGAAGCAGGUUUCUGCUUACAACAUUGCCAACAGCUUCACUUUCACCAGAUCCCUCAGCAGAUAUGAAUCGCUACUGCGCACUUCCAGUAGUCCUGACAGUCUGAGGUCCAGAGCGCCCAUGAUCACACCAGACCAGGAGACAGGAACUAAACUAUGGCACUUGGUCAAGAACCAUGAGCACAGUGACCAGCGUGAGGGGGAUCGUGGCAGCAAGAUGGUGUCCGAAAUCUACCUGACACGCCUGCUGGCCACUAAGGGGACAUUGCAGAAGUUUGUGGAUGACCUGUUCGAAACAGUCUUCAGCACCGCCCAUCGAGGGUCCGCUCUGCCGCUGGCCAUCAAAUACAUGUUUGACUUUCUGGACGAGCAGGCUGAUAAACGACAGAUCAGCGACCCGGAUGUGCGACACACCUGGAAGAGCAACUGUCUUCCUCUCAGGUUCUGGGUCAACGUCAUCAAGAAUCCACAGUUUGUUUUCGACAUCCACAAAAGUAGCAUCACUGACGCUUGCCUGUCGGUCGUGGCUCAGACCUUCAUGGACUCGUGCUCCACAUCUGAACACCGACUUGGAAAAGACUCACCCUCCAACAAGCUGCUCUACGCGAAAGACAUCCCCAACUAUAAGAGUUGGGUGGAGAGGUACUACAGAGACAUUGCCAAAAUGCCAAGCAUCAGCGACCAGGACAUGGAUGCCUACCUGGUGGAGCAGUCACGUCUCCACGGCAAUGAGUUUAACACGCUAAGCGCACUCAGUGAGCUUUACUUCUAUAUCAACAAGUACAAGGAGGAGGUUCUGACUGCGCUGGACCGCGACGCCUACUGCCGCAAACACAAACUGCGCCACAAACUGGAACAAGCCAUCAACUUGAUGUCUGGAAGCUGAGUAGGCGAAUCAAGACGCCUGCUAACUGAGGGAGGGGGUCUGAUUUAUUUUAUUUUAUUUUUCUGAACUGCACCAAUCAAUCAAUGAAUUUGCUAUUUAUUUGCUAAGCGACGGGCUGGGACCCAUAUGUGGAAUUAUCUUCGAGAGCGAAACGGGGCGACGGACCUCGACACCAUGUAAAUAACCACAGCCGGGAAAAUUAGCUACCGGGAAGUGAACAUCCAAUCACGCCGCGCCUGCUGACCGACCACAGCUGUGUCCCCUCAUCCCUCAUUGGUCAACCACGUUGACGUUUGAUUGGCUGGGAGAACUCUUUAGUGUUUACUGCCCCACCCUCUGACGACUCUGGACUGUACCAACUUGCGGAACAUUCCGGCGCCAGCCUCGCCCUUUUUUCCAGAACGCCAUGAUGCCAAUACUUUGCCCAGCGAACAGUGCCAUGUAAAGACCGGAACUAAGACCAGAACAAAAAUUGGAAAAGACUCCAACCAGAGCCGAGAUCAAAGAUCGAAGCUGAAAUGGAGUCAAUUCAAUGACAUUGUAAAGUAGAAUUAAAGAGACAAAACAAUGACGUUUACACUUGGCAUGUGGGGGAAGCUCCUGAUUGGCUCUUCACCAGGAGAAGGAAGGAAAGCCACUACUGGACCAACGCCACUGUGUGCAUGUGUGUAUUGUGUUUUGUAUGUGUGCGUGUAUGUGUGUGUGUGUGUGUGUGUGCGUGCGUGCGUGCGUGCGUAUGUGCGGGAGGAAGCAAAAGACUGAAAAUGAUCGUUCAAGAUGUUGGGUCAGGUCUUAUUCCUUAACUCAGUAGGCUGAAAGUGUUAGCUAGUACGUUUGGGCCAGGUUCAAAUACUGAAACCUACAGCCUGAAAAUUCGAGUUCAUGAUGGAUGAGAUUUAAUUACUGAAAUCAACAUGUUGUUUGUGCUGUUGGAUCAAGUCUAAUUUCAGAAAUCAACAAUCUGAAAAUGUUAGUGCUGUUGGUUCAGGUCUAAUUCCUGAAAUCUCCUGCAUGAAAAUGCUAGUUUAUUUUGUUGGGUCAAGUGACAUCUAAUUGAAAUCAGCAGACUUGAAAAUGUUAGUUAAUUCUGAAAACGCUAAUGGGGUGGCUGUGGGGUCAGGUCUACUUACUGAAAUCACAUGCACACAAGGGUAUUUAUUGAUAAACUUUUAUUUUAAAUUAUUGUUUACACAUUAUUUAUUAUUGGUGCCAACCAACCAGGUGUUGAUGACAUUGUUGUCGGUGAUAAGGGCGUUCACGGGAUGUUGGUCAGACACGCUUAUUCGUGUUGCCGUGCAAAUGUUCUAUCGGCGGAGACGUGUUUCGUGACUCAUUUCUGACCCCGAGAAGAGCGUCCGGUCGGCAUCACGUCAGGAAACAACCACAAAAAGCAGUCGACUCUGCCUGGACAAUACACUUGAUGACCAGUAGGAUUUUCCAUGAUGUCAUCAGAAGAAGAAGAAAAAAAAGAGAAAAACAUGUUUAUUUGUGAAAACAUGUUUGAUAGCAUUGCCUUGUUUGAUUUUUACUUUGAAAUGUAACCAUGAACACCAUGUCCAUGUAAUAGCCUGUGUCUUUUUUCUACAUCGCCAUUGCCUUUGUUUGAACUUUGUGACAUCAUUACUAAAGUGUAAACUACACCUGA